CAGUCGGUCGAGCGCACUGGCGCGAGCGCAUUGAUUCACGGAAAGAAUACCGAAAACAGUUCCGUUUUUGAAAUAGUUCGGUAACCGGUGUAGUAUAAGUGAAGUGUUGUGUCCAUUAACUAGUUUGUUGACAAACUGUGGUCAUGUUGCAAGGGCUGCGGUGUGCCGAAGGAAUGAAAUGAAGGGAAGGAGUUCCAGGGCGCCCAGUAAACUUCCCGUGGUACUGGGGAAAGUACUCCUGCGCUGGAUCUUCACCAAAGCUGACCUCGUGUUCUUUGUUUACCGUUUUAUUGGGUAUGCUUGUCAUCUACACGUGCGAUCCUCGAUGAAUAGCAGCGUGGAUUUCUUUGAAAGCCUCAUCGACGAAGAUGGGCGUUUCGCCGAACUAAAUUGUCAAGAACCGCGACAGGGAUAUCGGCCUCGGCAACGACAAAUAGUUCAAGCUGAGAACAUCAACAAUGGAGGAAGUUUGUCCUUGUCCCCGCCGCACACGGUGUCGCAGCGUGAGACUGGCACUCAGGUGUCUCAAUGCUACAGUGGACCCCCGUCUCCCUGCGGUUCUACGAGUGCAACGCCUUCCCCCACGACCUCUCCGGCCCCUCCGCCUGGCGCGGCCACUUUAGACCCUAAUUGGCAAGCCACUAAACCCACUGUGCGGGAGAGAAAUGCAGCUAUGUUCAAUAACCAACUUAUGUCAGAUGUCACAUUCAUAGUUGGAGGGCCUGGCCACUCUCAGAUAAUACCUGCACACAAAUAUGUAUUAGCGACUGCCAGCUCUGUAUUUUAUGCUAUGUUCUAUGGGGGAUUAGCGGAAUGCAAGCAAGAGAUUGAAGUUCCUGAUGUAGAACCAUCUGCAUUUCUUACACUUCUAAAGUACAUUUACUGUGAUGAAAUCCAGCUAGAAGCAGAUACAGUAUUAUCAACUCUAUAUGUUGCCAAAAAAUAUAUUGUUCCACAUUUGGCCAAAGCUUGUGUCAAUUAUUUGGAAACUAGUCUCACAGCAAAGAAUGCAUGCUUGCUACUCAGUCAAUCCCGGUUAUUUGAAGAGCCUGAGCUGAUGCAGAGAUGCUGGGAAGUUAUAGAUGCCCAGGCAGAGAUGGCCCUGACUUCAGAUGGUUUUGUUGACAUAGAUGUGUCAACACUAGAAUCAGUAUUAGCGAGGGAAACACUCAAUUGCAAGGAAAUCAACUUAUUUGAGGCAGCCUUAGCAUGGGCACAUGCUGAAUGUAUGCGCAGGGACAUAGAUCCAACACCAACAAACAAAAGAGUCAUGUUGGGAGGUGCCAUAUACUUGAUAAGAUUCCCUACUAUGUCAUUAGAGGAGUUUGCUAACAGUGCUGCUCAGAUUGGUAUUUUGACCCCACAAGAGACUAUUGAUAUAUUUUUACAUUUUACUGCAUCAAGCAAGCCACAAUUGUCUUAUCCAAUUAAGGCGAGAGCUGGAUUAAAGGCUCAGAUCUGUCACAGGUUCCAGUCAUGUGCCUACAGGAGCAAUCAAUGGAGGUAUCGCGGCAGAUGUGAUUCCAUCCAAUUUUGUGUUGACAAAAGGAUAUUUGUUGUUGGAUUUGGACUUUAUGGAUCCUCAAAUGGAGCAGCUGACUACAAUGUCAAGAUUGAAUUGAAACGUCUUGGCAGAGUGCUGGCAGAAAAUAAUACAAAAUUCUUCUCGGAUGGAUCAAGUAACACUUUCCAUGUGUACUUUGAGAACCCAAUACAAAUUGAACCAGAGUGCUUUUACACUGCUUCAGCAAUACUUGAUGGAAGUGAAUUAAGUUAUUUUGGACAAGAAGGUUUAAGUGAAGUGUAUAUGGGGACAGUGACCUUCCAGUUUCAUUGCUCUUCAGAGAGCACCAAUGGCACAGGAGUACAAGGGGGACAAAUCCCAGAACUGAUCUACUAUGGACCCACAGUCAACACUGCAAUGGCCAACACAACUACUAAUGAGGACUGACACUUGAAUAGAUCUCGCCCUUUUAAUUAUUAUUCCGUAUAAUAUGAUCGGAACACUUAGAAACUCAUUAAUAAUUCAUCAGAAUCUAAAUUAAAAAUUUAUUAUAGGUACUUAACCAUUCCCGA